AAUGUCAAUGUCAACUGUCAAGACAAAUGACAAUAUGAUCAAAUGCCUCUAAUUUUCAAAACAAUACUUUCAAAUACAAAAUUCUUAAAAUAUUAAAAACUAAAUUAAGAUGGAAUUUGGAGCAAAUGCGUACUCAUAGCAUAAUGUCGAAACUACAGCUAUCAUUGGCUAUUAUCAAGCCUCAUGCAGUUAAAAAUCCAGUCGCUCUAUCAUACAUAAGAAAUGUUAUAAAAAAUAAAUUUGUAGUAAUUGAAACAAAAAGAGUUUUCCUAGAUCAAGAAACUGCCGGUAACUUCUAUAUAGAACACACGGGAAAAUUUUUCUUCAACCGGCUUGUGACUUUCAUGUCUAGUGGUUACAUAGAUUUACAUAUAAUUGGACAUACCAAUGCAAUAGAACUGUGGAGAAGAAUGCUUGGUCCUACCAAAGUUUACAAAGCACAAUUUGACGAUCCUAACUCAUUGAGAGGCAUGUUUGGGAUAUCUGACACUCGGAAUGUUGCUCAUGGGUCAGACUCGCCAACAUCAGCAGAGAGAGAAAUCAAAUUUUUCUUUCCUGAAUUCUCCUUCUACGAAUGGCACACAAAAAAAGAAGAGUUCUAUAGAAAAGGGCCCAUUAUAUUCAACAGACAUUUGUUUCAACAUGUUAGAAAACUAUAAAUGUGCUUGUUAUGUACUAAUUUAAUUAGUAUAAUGUUAGUUUAAUUUUGUUUAUAUUGAAUUAUAGUACAUAUUCGUUUUCAUUUAUGCAA